AUGAUACCACGAAGAUCUGUGCAGUUUCUACUUGGAGUAUAUAACAAACGCAGGCUUACUACAAGCUCUGUCAUUAACCAUCCACCUGAACUUUUGGACGACCUUGUUCGCAGAGGAUUCAUUCACGAUGUCACCAGACGCGAUCACCUCCGUGUUUCGCUCCAAACAACGCAGGGUGUAUACGCGGGAAUAGAUCCUACUGCAAGCUCAUUGCAUGUUGGCCACUUGAUCCCUCUUAUGUGCCUUCUUCAUUUCCAUCUUCGCGGCCACAGAGUCAUCCCCCUCAUAGGUGGAGCAACAGGGCGCGUUGGGGACCCUUCGGGGCGAUCGGUUGAGCGGCAAUUAGCAGACGUCGAACAGGUUGAAAACAAUGUUCAGUGUCUUCAAAAAAGUGUGCGGUCCUUUUUUAGCCGAGCUGUGGCCUACGCAGAAACGCGUCAUGGAGCAGUGCAGGAAGAGCGCUUUCUUCCUGUCGUGGAAAGCAAUCUAAAAUGGCAUUCGCAACUCACCAUGCUUGAUUUUCUUCAAUCUGUCGGUAUCCAUGCACGCGUCAACACAAUGCUAAACAGGGAGAGCGUGCGAGCACGGUUAAGUUCCCAGCAGGGCUUAUCGUUUACGGAGUUCACCUACCAACUCCUCCAAGCUUACGAUUUUUACCAUCUCUACAAGCAUCAUAACUGUUCCAUCCAAGUUGGCGGGUCAGAUCAAUGGGGAAACAUUUUGGCAGGGUUGGAACUCAUUGGCCGGCUUGAUGAUGGUCCUAGCGCACCGGCGACAAGUCAUACAGGAGCAUACGGAAUUACAACCCCUCUGUUGACUACUUCCUCUGGAGAGAAAUUUGGGAAGAGUGCAGGCAACGCCAUUUGGCUCAACCCAGACCAAACUAGUGUUUUUGAUUUUUACCAGUACUUCUUGAAAGUAUCCGAUGCAGAUGUUGAAAGGUACCUGAACCUUUUUACACUGAUGACUUCGCAAGAUAUUCAAAAUGUCAUGGGGGUUCAUGUCGACCAUCCCGAAAAAAGAGUUGCUCAGCGUCGUCUUGCAGCCGAAGUGACAGAAAUGGUUCACACUCCUGAGGGGCUGGUAAAUGCGGAGACGCUGACUGGUCUUUUCUUUGAGUCGGAUUAUGCUGGUCUCAAAGUCAAGGACAUUCUCUUGGCUCUCAAGGACGAUCCACGACUUGUUCUGGUUUCCGAGGAGGAGAUGAGAGCGACGCCUAUUUAUAAACUAGCAAGCAGGCAUGGGCUCGCUUCCUCUAAUUCCGCUGCACGGGCACUGGUGGCAUCACGAGGCCUGUAUGUGAACGACAUCGUUGUUUGCGAUAUUCAAACACAUAUCCCAAUCGAACAUCUCAUCGACGGACGGGUUGCCAUUAUGCGAGCCGGGAAAGACAAGAUUUGCAUUUUGAUUCUGGAAACAUCUUAA